AUGCAGGAUCUCUCGGGAGCCGGCCAGCAGGCCGGACACGCCCCCAGCGGACGAUUCCCCGGGCACGUUUCCAAGCCUUCCAACAGCGAUACUGGCUUCUCUCACGGCGCUUUCACUUCCAACAUUUCGGGUUUCGCCGACAGACACCCUCGUCGUGGCAACAUUCCCACCAUCAACACCCAGACCAUGGCUCCCCAGCAGCAAUUCCAGCAGCAGCAGCAGCAGCAUGUCCCCAACACGGCCGCCGACAUGGCCACUCCUGGCACUGCUUUUGACAUGCAGUUCACUCCUCUGCUACCCUCGCAGCUGCUCCUCGGAAGCCCUUUCCAGCCUGGCACGCCUGGCGCCUUUGGUAGCCCCCAGUUCCAGAUGCAGGGUUUCCAGCAGCCUCAGCAACAGCAGCAGCAUCACCAGCAGCAACACCAGCACCAGCAGCACCAGAACGGACUUGCCAGCCCCGUGCUCCAGAACAUGUCGCCCCAGCAGUAUCAGGCCAUGGUUUCGCCCUCGACUUACGGCGCACCCCAGUACUUCGCGCCUCAGUCGCCCACGGCCUCGGGCUUCGGCGGCAUGCAGCAGAUGCAGUUGCAGCAGCCCACUUCUCCCGUGUCCAUGACUCCCGGUAUCGUCACCGGCACCAGCCGUACCGUCUACCUGGGCAAUAUUCCUCCCGAGACGUCGGCCGAGGAAAUUCUGGGCCACGUCAGGAGCGGACAGAUUGAGUCCGUCCGUCUUCUCCCCGACAAGAACUGUGCCUUCAUCUCUUUCCUAGACGCCAGCUCCGCCACCCACUUCCAUUCUGAUGCCAUCUUGAAAAAGCUCUGCAUCAAGGGCCAGGAUAUCAAGGUCGGAUGGGGCAAGCCCUCCCAGGUGCCCACCUCGGUGGCUCUCGCCGUUCAGCAGUCCGGCGCCUCGCGCAACGUCUACCUCGGCAAUCUGCCCGAAGACAUUACCGAGGAGGAGCUGCGUGAGGACCUGGGCAAGUUUGGUGCCAUCGACACUGUCAAGAUUGUCCGCGAGAAGAGCAUUGCCUUUAUCCACUUCCUUUCCAUCUCCAACGCCAUCAAGGCGGUGGUACAGCUCCCCCAGGAGCCCAAGUGGCAGGCCCCACGCCCGCUCUGGCCCAGCAGUCCGUGGCUGCGGCCGCCGUUGCCACCACCGCGGGUGGCAUUGCCAACCUCGGCAACCGCACCAUCUACUUGGGCAACAUUCACUCCGGAGACGACUAUCGAGGAGAUUUGCAACGUCGUUCGUGGCGGUCUUCUGCACCACAUCCGCUACAUCCCCGACAAGCACAUCUGCUUUGUCACUUUCAUCGACCCCACCGCUGCUGCCUCCUUCUAUGCCCUCAGCAACCUGCAGGGCUUGAUGAUUCACAACCGUAGGCUCAAGAUUGGCUGGGGCAAGCACUCGGGUGGCCUCCCUCCGGCGAUUGCCCUGGCCGUCAGUGGCGGCGCCUCGCGUAACGUGUACAUUGGAAAUCUCGACGAGACGUGGACUGAGGAACGCCUGAGGCAGGACUUUUCCGAGUUUGGCGAGAUCGAGCUGGUCAACGCGCUGCGUGAAAAGAGCUGUGCUUUCGUCAACUUCACCAACAUUGCCAACGCUAUCAAGGCCAUCGAGGCUGUGCGUAGCAAGGAGGAGUACAGGAAGUUCAAGGUCAACUUUGGCAAGGAUCGUUGUGGCAACCCUCCUCGUCAGCUUCAGCAGCAGCAGGCCCAGUCGCCUCGCAGCGAGGGCAUCCCCGCCGGCGUGCCCUCCCCUCCUCCUGUUGGUUCCCAGAACGGCAACUCGCCCACCAACAGCGGCUCGCCCCCACCCCAGCUCUUCAACGGCGCCAACCCCUUGACAAUGUACCUCAGCCAAGUGUCCCAUCAGGCACAGCACCAACAGCACCAGCAACAUAACCAGCUUGUUGCCCAGCAAGCUGCUCUGUUCGGUACCGCUCAGUCGUCGCCGAACGAUGUGACGCUCGAUGGCCCUCCUCAGGGUCCCUCAUCUGGCCACCAGCAGUCUGCCAGCAUCUCGAACGGCUAUCCGGGCAAUGUGACAAGCUCUGGCGCUACCACCAUUGGCGGUCUUUUGGCUCCCAACAACCGUGGCCAGCACAGCCGCGCCGUCAGCCUGCCUGUUCUGGCGCCUGGCUUUGAGAACGGCGCGCCGACGCCCAACAGCAUCCCCGGCAACGAGGGUGAGCGUCGUGGACACCAAUACCAGGCCAGUUACGGCGGUAUGGGUGCCGGAUACGGCCUCGGCCUCCAGGGCGGCCUGAAUGGCUGGGUUGAGGAGGAGGUUGCCAACUAA